CCACUAGACAGAGAAGCAAAAUAUUACUACUAUGCAGCUAAAAGAGAUGAUACUUGGUUUAUUUGCCUUAUUAACAACAUUAUUCUGGGGUUUAGAGAGCCACUCUUCUUCUCAUUUCGAUGCCAUAGUUGCAAUAGAUGGAAGUGGAGAUUUCAAGUCCAUAACAGAAGCAUUACAAGCAGCUCCUAAUAACAGUAAAACAAGAUACAAUAUCAAGAUUAGACAGGGCAUCUAUAAUGAAUAUGUUUUUGUUGAUAAACAUAAAACUAACAUUACAUUCAUUGGUGAUGGAGUGGACCUCUCGAUUAUAACAGGAUCUAAAAGCAAUGGCACAGGCUUCAAAACUAACGAGACUGCAACUGUAGAUGUACAUGGCUACGGGUUCGUUGCACAAGAUAUGACAUUCAAAAACACUGCUGGACCAUCUCUGCAUCAAGCAGUUGCAGUGAGUAUUGAAGCUGACCAUGUUGCAUUCUAUAGAUGCAAGUUCGAUGGGUAUCAAGAUACACUUUACACAAGAAAAGGUGUCCAAUUUUUUAAAAAUUGUGAUGUCUAUGGUACUGUUGACUUCAUAUUUGGUAACGCUAAGGUCAUUCUACAAGAUUGCAAUAUCUAUGCAAGAAAACCUGAAGAUUAUCAACAUGAAGUGACAAUAACUGCCCAAGGAAGAAAACACAAAAAUGAAACUACUGCUAUAGUCCUUCAAGGUUGCACAAUAAACGUCACACAAGAUUUGCGCGAACAUGAACCAAAGGUACGAGUCUACCUUGGAAGACCGUGGAAAAAUUACUCUCGAACGAUCGUCAUGUCAAGUUAUUUAGAUGAAUUUAUAGAUCCUGAAGGUUGGACUCUAUGGAAUGGAAAACCCUCAGAUAUAUAUUUUGCUGAGUAUAAUAAUAGAGGGCCAGGAGCUGACACAAGUCAAAGAGUAAACUGGGAAAGACAAUAUAUUUCUGACUCUGAAGCUUCUAAUUUUACAGUUCGAAACUUUCUUCAUGGAGAUGAAUGGAUACCCUCAGCAAUCCCAUACACACUUGAUCUGGUUUAAAUUUAUAGAGCAUUUAUUACUACUCUUUCCAUUUUGAAAAUAAAUAUUUAGUUUCUUUAUCUUUACACAAAAGAAGAAAGAUAGAAUGGCAGGGUAGGUGACUUGUAUGCAUGUUUUCUCCUUGUGUACUUUAUAUGUUGUUCCACACGAAAAUAAAAUGCAGAAAAUUAAUUCCA